CGGCUUACGGUGCGAGGGGUCCUGGGUUCGAGUCCCGGGUAAGGCAUGGGAGUAAAUAAUACAUUCUAAUCUUUGAUAACGCCUUGAAAUGGAGAUUUAUACUGGAACAUAUUGACCCUUUGGCUGUCGGCGAAAGCUGUAGGACAUAACAAUAUAUAAAAAAAAAUUGCAGGAUGGUAGACCUUGUCAGUUGUAUUUCUAGUACAGAAAUAUUUGGUUUUGUAAUGGUUGUCACUCAUAGUGCAACAAAAAUCGUUCGGUGUUGUUUUUAUGUUUAUAUCUGUGAAGAAUUAAAGAAAUCAGGAAAGUAAUUUUACCAUGAAGAAAUUCCAAUUUUGAUAUUCCGUACGUAAAUUCUAUUUGAAUGCUUAUUAAAUUUUUUUAUUAUUUUGGCGUAAAAUGUUUAAAGGCAGCCAAUGUUAUAUAUUGGUGUUUGUGAAUACAGAAACUUGACAGCGAGGAUUGUUUUCGCAACCAGGCGCUGCAGGAAAUGGCGGAAGAUGACACCAGAAUCCCGACAACAGAAGAUGACGAAACUACUGCUGACGAGGCGACAGCUGACGAGGCGGAAGAAGAAGAAAAGCACCACUGCUGGAUCUGCUUCGCGACAGAGGAGGACAACGACACAGCGUCCUGGGUGCAGCCCUGCAAUUGUCGAGGGACAACCAAAUGGGUACACCAGGCGUGCCUCCAGCGCUGGGUCGACGAGAAGCAGAAGGGCAACCCAGGCCGGCAGGUGGCGUGUCCCCAGUGCAACACCCCGUACACCAUAGUCUUCCCGCACAUGGGCAUGGUGGUGGCGGUUCUGGACGCCAUUGACAACAUGAUGUUCAGGGUGUGCCCGUUCGUGGCGGCGGGCUUCGUGGUGGGCUCGCUCUACUGGACGGCCGUCACCUUCGGAGCAAUCACCGUCAUGCAGGUGGCGGGCUACAAGGAGGGGCUGGCGGCCAUGGAGACCACGGACCCCCUGGUGCUGCUGGUGGGCCUGCCCACCAUCCCCGUGUCGCUGGUGCUGGGCAAGAUGGUGCGCUGGGAGGACAGCGUGCUGCACUUCCUGCGCCGCCACUCGCACCGCCUGCCCGUGCUGUGGCGCGUCCUGCCCGCGCCCGCGGAGGAGCGCGUGAACCAGGUGCCGCCCUUCUCGGACCCCGUGUCGGCCACGCGAAUCCUUUGCAGCGCGCUGCUGCUGCCCACGUUCGCGCUCGUCUGCGGCAAGCUGCUCUUCAGCUCCGUGCAGUCCAACGUGCAGCGCACCGUCUUCGGCGGCCUGGCGUUCGUGCUGGUGAAGGGCGUGCUCAAGAUCUACCACAAGCAGAAGCAGCACGUGCGACAGAGCCGGCGCGUCAUCCUGGACCUGAGCGAGUCGGCGCGCGCGGAGCCCGCGCAGUAGCGCGCCUCGCAUCUCGCAUGUCAUUAAAGAGUGUUCCUUAAACAGCAGUGUCUCUUGUUUUGCAGUUCGCGCGCACUCGGUUGCGACACGCCGGUUCACAACUUCCCGGUUGGUUCUGCGGAAAUGAUUUUUUUUUUUAAUUGCGACUUACUGUCUGCUGGCCGACUUUGGAUUUACGUUUUAAAUUAGAAUGUUAGACAUUUGAAUUGUUUUUGUUGGUGAUGCAUGUAUUAUUAACCUGUCCCCAAGACAAAGCCCUAAGAACAGUUAAAACUCACUUUCUUAUCACUUGUUUGUUGUGAACUGGUAUCUCGUUCACAAGGACAAAUUCUCGAGCAGUUAUAUCUGCACCGUAAAUAUAUACUGAUUCGCACAAAAAACUCAGAAAACAGUGAGGGUCUGUAAAAUCGAAGGUUUGACUGUAUUAUCACGCAAAUUUAUUUUAACUUGGUUUUUUGCUGCUACAAAGGAGUUUUUUUUUAAAUGUAUAUUUACAACUUUGGUAUCACAACAUUUAUACAUCAAGCUUGUAUUACUUAUCAUUUAUGAAUGUUCUGGCUAGUGUCAUCUUCCAUAUUGUUUUUUUUUUUUUACAGAUAGUUCUGUAAAUUUGUUAUGGCUGCAUUUGCACAUCUUGAGUUCUCAAACACAGGGCUACAAACUAUACAAUCACGUACAGUAAUAUCUUGGCAGUUAAAAAAAAAUUGGCGAAAAACUUAGUUAUAUAUGCAAGAUGUUAUCCUACUCCUCCGUAUUAUCUAGCUACUAGUUAGUAGUUCAAUUAACAGCUAGGGGUGACAGAAGACGAAGAUCUAAAGUCGAUGAUCACUUAAAUAUUUUGCUAGGUUAAGAAAGAUCCAUAGAUGCAACUUCGAGUGAUUGAGUGCAGAGGUGCAAAUCUAUAGGAUUUGCAAGGGGGGGGGGGGGCUCUUGCUGCCCAGGUUAGGGUGCUUGUAUGUUGUACCCUGCCCAUAUUUGCCUAUACGCAUACAAUAAGCAGAAAACUUUAAAAUGUCCAGAACAUUUUCCAUUAAACAUAGUUUUGACGUUUAUUGUUAUCAACCCUAUUUCACAGCCACGAUUUUACAAGCGCAGAAGGGCACUCUCUGUGGGGGCCUUUGUAGUUCCAGGGGGGGGACACCUGCCCCCCCCCCCCCCCUCCACCAGGAUCUACGCCCAUGCUUGAUUGUGUGCUCAGUUAGCAUAUCCUGAUACCACACAGUGAAUAAGAGAACUGUAGGAAAUGCUUAGCAAGUCAACCAACUGCCCCUGCUUGUAAAUAAAAAGCAAAAAUUGUAAAAAAAAAAUUUUACUAAAUGUACACAUAAUAUAUAGGGACAAGAUUAUAUGGUGAAUUGCAAUAAAGCAGAAACCGAAAUAACACCAUACAACACCAAAAUGCAGGUUAAUACACCAUAAAGCUCCGAAAUGCAACAAAAAAAUAAUGAAAUUAAUCAGCAUAUUUAAUCAAAUAUUAACUUGAUUACAAAACCAUAAUCUUUUGAAAUAUUAGAUUAAAUGAAUAUAAAUUAUUUAGUAUGGAGUUAGUGCCAAAUUGUGUGUACUAUAUAGAUUGGAAAAUAUUUUAUUUUAUAUAGUGCGGCUGUUUUAGUUACAAUAGUUUCUUGCUGAUCCGGACUUGUCAGGACCGGACCCUGUUCUGAUCAUUGGUAGUCUGGAUCAACCGUAAUCAACUUUAAAAUUAUAAAAAAAUAAUUUUAUAGGUAAAAGAAAAUUCUUAUUGAUUAAAAAUCAACUUUAUUCAUUGUAAAGUACUUAAGAAAUCUAUGUACAUAUGUAUGUACAUAUAAAUCAAUACUAUAUAUUGUACACAAUUAAAAAGUAUAACACAAAGGUUAAAACCAUUUACAAUUAAUUCACUCGAAAAAGUUCGUAAUAUUUUUUUGUUUUAAUGAAGAUUGCCAUCGAUUCGCAGUGCCUCAAGGUCAGUAGCUCGGCAGAUGAUGUGUCACUUUGCUUCUGAAAGUAAGUAACUCAGCAACCUGUCCAACAUUGUAGUCGCUUUGCCACGAGUUGAGCCAGCUGAUUCCUCCGUUCCUUGUCAUCUUCCGAACUAUUACAGUUGCUGCGUUUUGCACUGCACACCUCCGUGAUUUCAUCUUCACUUAAUAUUUGAUGAGCAAUACCGCUGUCACUGUUCAUCCAUUGGUAAGUCAUUCUCCUCCAUGUUGGCUCAACCCUCCAACUGUUAAAAACUUGUACAAAAUCAAAGCUAGUUGUUGAAGUUGGUUGAGUUUCAUCUUGUCCCAGGUUUUCCUGUGAAAUGCUUGGCCAAAAUAUUUUCCAGCUUUUUUUUUUUUUGAAGAAUUCUUGGCUUUUUUUUUCUUCCUGCACUUCUGCAUCCCAAGUAAAUGACAGUGUUCAUGGUCAAUUUCUUAAUAUGAUCCAUUAAGUUAUCUGAUGGGUCUAAAAGAGACAAGAUCAAUUUUUUCCUAUAUGUAUUUCUGUUUUAUUGCUUCAAUCACACCUUGAUCCAUAGGUUGUAUCAAAGCAGUCAUGCUUGGUGGUAGAAAUUUAAAAAAAAAAUUUCAUCUCGUAAUUUUUUGCUCAGGUGACACGGUGCAUUAUCAAUUAACAACACACCUUUUCUUUGUAGUUUAUGUCUCGUAACUUUUUUUUUUGUUAUAGAAACAAGUGUUUCAAAAAACCAAGCAUUAAAAAAAUAUUUCCGUCCGUCCAUCCAUGCCAAUUUUUGUGAAGUGUACUGGGCUGGAAGACAUUUUAUAAGACUUAAGGGCCCUAGGCUUAGUGAAUUUGCCUAUAACAAAAAGUGGAGUUUUCAAAUUGCCAGGAGCAUUAUUACGGGAAAGCAGUCACUUUUUUUUUUUUUACCUUAUGAGUUUAUGACCUUUGGUUAAAAAAUCCAACUUUGAGGCUAGUUUUUUUUGUAAGCAUUUUGUAAUUUAAUCUUGUUUCAUCAGCAUUAAAAACUUUACAAGUCUCUUAAGUUUUCAUCUUCAUAUUUAACAAACUUUUCACAUUUUACUUUAAAGUCUUUACUUGCACUAUUGUCACCUGACAAACUUUCACCACUUACACUAAGUAAACAAACACUGGCAGUAAAAGCAGGGUCACCUUUUAAUUUUUCAUUGAGUUUGAGCGCAAGCACUUGUAAUGUUACAUCCGACAGCGGAGUGCCUUGUUCAUGUUGUUGGCAAAACCAAAUGUGCAAAGCCUCGUCUAAAGUUUUUUUUUUUUAAUGUUUUGCUGUUACCCAGACUGUCCUUACUCAACAUUUUCGCACAAAGACCUUCAAUUUCUUUCCAAUUUUUUUUUCUUCCAAUCAGAAACAGUUUGUUUUCCCUCUCCUAAAUCUUGCGCAAUACUAGUUAAUUAUUCACCCACAUCAAUACGAAAUAGGCUUGGUGUUUUUGAUCCAUUGUUACAGUCACUUUCUUACGUUGGGUAGCCGUUACAUUGCUCUUAAUAAGUGCACACAAUAAGACACUCGCACUGAAUAAAAAUAACUGUCACGAGCACCUAUCACCAGCACGAGUAACCAUCGACUGAAGGGAACAAAACAUACAACUUGCAGGAAUAGUGAAUCACGUUUAUGGAAAACAGACGAUGAGUGGAAAACCGGCGGUAAGACUUUCUGCAACUGAGGGCCAGCCGACCCUAUCUUAGAAUUGAAUUUCUAAUUUUUACAUUAGGACAUUGGUAUAUUUUACAAACGGACAUAUACUUGCUGAUUUAUUUUUAUUGUUCCUAGUAGUUAGACAUGCUUGUAACGAAUUAUUAUAUUGUAAAAGUGCAUCAUGUAUCAGUCAAAAUGACAUUGUUUGGUUGAAAUAAGUAUCAUUGAACAAGUGUAUGUUGUAUUUUUUUUUUUUUUUUUUUUUUAAAUUUUGCUAUCUAUAUGAAUAAACAAGAGUUUAAAAUAAAUAAAAACAAUAACACAGAAGAAAUAGGUAUCUUGUUUUAAAAUCAUAAUUGGCCUAAAAAUAAAACCAUAAAAUCUUGUCUCUAGUUUUAAAGCAUAAUCACUCGUGAAGUACAUGAAACUUGAACACGCUACGAUUACUGUGUAUAACUAAGCAUUUCUUUGAAUGUUGUAACGCGUCUCCUUGAUGAAGAGGCACAGAAAACCCUCACUACCUCCUAACUGGGAGCAGGGCAACAUACUGGGUAGUAGGGUAGUUCUUUACUUCACUACCUAACCUACUCCAAUAACUAGACAGCAGCGAGGCUGCGGUUAACUUAAAAAAAAUAAUGCACAAAUUUUGUAAAGCACACGGGGAUAUGAAAGCACAGCAUUAUAUUACAGAACAUGAUACAGAUAAACUAAAUUUAUGGUAAAUGCAAAAUGGAACAGUGGCAUCUGUUACAAUAGAAAUGGCUGCAGCCAACAUCAAUGGUGCAAUGUUCUCAUAAAUAUUACCUGAAUUUAAAAAAAAUUAACUCUCCACAAGGCUGUAAUACCUCGAAGGUAUCGUAAGGUCAGAAAGUAGUAAUAUUACUAAAUCAGUUAUUUGGCAAGGAUAAUUACAAAAAAACUUUAUAGUCCUUAAAAAAAUUUAAAUCACAAAAUGCAAUCCCAAUACAUUUGCAUUGCUAAUCCUGUCAGGUUAUGUCCAAAUACACCUUUAAAAAAAUGUAUCCUAACUCAAUACAUAUAUAAAUGCCAAAAAAGUUAGGUUAGGCAAAAUUGUGAAAUAAUGGUCUGGAAGCCACCUGCUCCUAUUAGAAUCUCAUCCUGCACUUUAUUACACAAUCAUGCGGUGUUUAGUUCAAAAAUGGUCUCAGUGAGCUCAAAAAAAAUUUACUAACUCCUGCUAUGCUGGGGUCUUGAUAAAUCAAUUUCUUAAGCAGUGUUUUGAGGACCUGUGCUAGAUAAAAACCCACAAGUGGUAACACAGUUCAGUACCAAGGCACACCUGGCCCAUUUUAACCAUAAACUCUUACGCCACAUCCCAGCAAGCGGGCAGUUUACACUAGGCGAAAGAUUAAGUCUCGUGAAAAGUUCACCACACAGCAGCAAGGCUUUCCUAAUCCAUCGUAUUUACCAGAGGAUAUUGCGACUCUGAAUAUAAUGUGACCCCAAACUUUUUGAUUGAGAGUCUAGGAAAAAGAAUGUUUGGAGAGGAGAUCACAGUAAAUACAAAAUUAUGGAGAGGAAAUUACAGUUAAUAGACAAAGUACUUAAUUUAAAAAAAAAAUAAUAAAAUAUGUAAUAAAAUUUAAAUAUUUAAACUUACCGAAGCCAAUAUAAAUUUCAAUUCAUCACAACACUAAACAAUAGUAUUUACAAUAACACUUAUUUUACAUAACAGAUAUAUUAACAAGAGUUUGUUAUGAUGCUGUUAAGAAUAUUCAUUCACUGGCAGUGCAGUGCUGCUUACAGCUACUGCUGACAUUGCCUUUUAUCUUCAUCUUGCCAGCACAGAUCAUCUUCAGUGUCAUUCAUGGCACUUCUUAAAGCUGGUUAUCCUUCACCAGGCUGUAGAAAUACAUGUGAGCUGAAGAACUGAUGGUUUCUUAAUUUUCCCAGUCUGUGUCAGAAAAUAGUCACCUGUAAGCAGCCAAUCACUAUACUGUUGCCGAUGGUCGUCCUUAAAUGGCUUGUUUACGACAACAUCGAGAACUUGCAGCUGGCUUGUCAUUCCAGCUGGUUUAACAAACAAGUCUGUGUUAAAAAUUAUUUAUCAUGUCGGAUGUCCCCGCAACGCAUCAAGGACCAACAUGCCCCUUUUCUUCCGAAGUCCACCCAGGUGCCGAUUCCACACCAGUCGUAACCAUUCUUGCAUCAAAUCACUCGUCACCCAGCCUUUUUCUUGACAACGAAUGAUUACGUCCGGCGGAAACGCUUCUUUGUGAAGAGUUUUUCGCAGAACACACACAGCGCAAAACGAGAAAAAUGAUUAAAUUUCAGCGCUAUGUGAUUGGUUUGUGUAAACAACAUGAUUAUUUGUACAGCCAAAUUGGAAAUGCUGAUGAAAUGGCAAUGUAUUUCGACAUGCCCAGCAGCAGUACCAUUGAAACCAAAAGGUGUUAAGACUGACACAGUACCCAAGACUGGAAAUGAGAAGCGAGUCACAGUGAUGUUAUCUGUUUUGGCAGACUGCAGAAAACUGACACCAUUCAUCACCUUAAAAAGAUUACAUUUGUGCUUAGUGAUUUAGUUUAAUAAACUUUUUAAGGGAGUGUUACAUAACCAGCAAAGGAGAAUUUGUUCUAUUGCAAGUGAGCACACAAAUACAAUAAUUUGGCACGUGUUUGCGUGUUGUAAGCUUCACUGUUGAGUUUACAUUAGGCCUCGCAGUGAAAUACAUGCAUACUAAUUCCAGGUGGCUCCUAGCAUCUUCCUUGCGGUUUGACAUGCGAAUAGUUGGACUACCGUAUCGCUGGUACUGAAACAUAUUGAUGUUUUCGUUGCUCAGUCUGUGAUCAUUAUUUUUGCUUGCACUGUGGAUCUUGGGGCUAACACAUCUUGCCAGCUGCGUGUAAACUCUUGAGACAGCUAGUUCUUCGGGGCUGUCCGAUUACAAUACUUACACGUAUACCAGUUGCAGUAAGGGUAAUGCAUGCACAGUAUAAAUUUAAGGAGUUUUUAACUUUAGUAAGUGACAAUAUUUAUUAGUGAUGGAUCAAAUGAUACCUAAUUUUCUCGAAACUUAAUCUGUGUCUCAAGGGUCCAAAAUAAUAUCAUGUACAAGAAAUGAAAAAUAUUAACUAUGGUGUAAACAUUCAUUGAAUUAAAAGUUUUAUUCAUGAACUAAGUUUCCAGAAUCAAUACAUUUUGUAAUUUUAUUUAAUUACUUACAUGUUAAAAAAGUAAAAUAUCUUGGGAACUAGUAAUGCUAAUGGGAUAUGUAUAGAGAAAAAUAUUGAUCUUAUAAACUUUAGAGGUUAUCAGUGUUUCUUUUUUUAAUUAUAUUUUCUGUUUUAUUUUUCUUUGAAAUUUAUUCGAAUAACUAAUCCUUGAAAUACUAACGAUUUGAGGAUUUGAUUGGUCCUUCACUAGUAUAUAUGAUUGUCAACCAAAUGAAUUCUGGAUCACACAAUUUUAAAAUAAUCUGGUAGGAUACACUUUGAAAAUUAUUGGUGGCAUCAUAGAAAGAGUGGUACGUGAUUGGCAGACCGGCAUUGUAUGCUUUUCAGCUACUCCAGUAGCCAAAACAUACACCAAAUGCGUGGUUAGACGUUGAUAAGUUACCAAACGUGUCUUCCGUCCUAAAUAUAUGACUUUUGUUUUAAUGGUUUUAAAUGUUAAUUAGUGCACUUAUGCUGAUGAAAUUUUUUGUGCAUAUUCUCUUUUAAGUAUAUAAAGGUUUUGUUUGCAACAUUUGUGUUGUUUCUCACGUGGCCAGAGCAUUUGGAUUCGGAAAUAGGAACAUACUUCUCCUGUUUCGCUUCAGUACAUGCCAGCAUCGCUGCGUGAAGUCUGAACAAGGGAAUGGUCUGAUACUAUCGUCAAGCAGAUGAGCACAACUCGGACAAAAUAUUGUCAUUAAUUUAUGCCUGUCUGGUUAAGUAUGCAUGGUUUUAUGGUGCCAACAUGAUGUGCAAUGUUGACUACAGUUUCGGUGUUUUUUGUUGUUUUAAAUUUGUUGGCACAAAAGAAAUGGACUGUUGUGUAGGUAGUGUGACACGGUGUUUCAGCCAAGCUAUUAUUUCUGAGUCUAAUAUUUUGUAAAGGUGAGGUAUUUGUUGAUUAUCUGUUGAAUUGCUUAUGACAGUUGGCAUGUCACGUGUAGGCUACCUGUAGUGACCAAUUUCUGUUUAUAAGUAAUUUUGUGAACUCUCAAUCCAAGGUUCUUGAAAGGAAAAAAAAAAAAAAAAAAAAAAAACACUCACCAUUUUGGUGCUAAAUGAUUAAAGUACCUACUUUUUUUUUACCAAACUGUAAAAAAUGGCAUAGGGAUCUAAAAUAUAUAUACAUACUUUAAAGUGGAAUUCUUUAAAGUGAGGUACUUCAUAAUGAGGUUUCACUGUAGCUGUAAAACAAAUGGAAACAUUCCUUACAACAUUUUUGGUGCUUUGUUAGUUUUAUGAGUCUUCAUUAGAUUUCUUGUAAUUGCAUUGCAGUUAAAUUUUAAAAUUCACUACAGUUAACUAAACAUAACUAUAACUUAGCUAGCAUUAACAUCUUUAAAAGGAUUUGUAAAAUAGGAAAUAUGUUUGUAAAUUCUACAAUACUAUUGUGCAUAUUGUUCAAUUAAUAAUGACUGGUGUAUUUGUAAAAGGCUUUUGUUUCCCCUGUAAAUUUCACGUGUAAAUAAAACUGUGUGUAAAAAAAAAUUGUUGUGGGCUGAUGAAGCUUGUACAGAUGACAAAAAAUUGUUUUAUUUGUCAUGUACAUACAUAUAUUAAUAUUUUUAUAGUGUUAUAUUUCAUGACUUUAAUAACGGGUAUCUGAUAUUUGUUUCAUCUUUGAAGUGUUUGCAUUUUCUGAUGGGGAAAAAUUUGUGUUUCAUAAUUGUUUUCCAAUGUAGUGUCGUAAGUAUGAAAUUAUUCAUUAAAUUGUACAACAGUGUUAGUAAUUUAGAUAUAUUUUUAAACAAACUUUAUGUUGUUUUUGAAAUUUAUCUUCACAUGUCGAUAGUACGGUUGACAUCUACCGUGUGUGUAAAUGUUGCAAAGGAAAAAAAAAAUAAAUAAAUACUUGGUCACUGAAACUAUGAAAAAAUUUGUUGUAGAUAUUGUGGACCAUACAGACACCAACACAUUCCUGUGUCGUGAUCUAUUGCCUGUUGGAGAUUGUUAGUUAAGUUAUGGUUGGUCUACAAAAGUGUGGCUUUUCUUAUCGCCAUUAAAUGUAACACAGACUCAGUGUCCCAAGGUGUUGCUGUUGGAUGUGAAAAUUUAUUGUCAGUAUAAAUACUUUCACCUGAGAUCAGCUCAGCAGCGUUAAUUUCCAUUCCUCCAACUCAGAUGUUCUUCUGAUAGGUAGGUUUUUUAUAACUAAGGAAUUGUCAGGAUGUCCACUUGCUGGAAAGUGUAGGAAAAGUCAGGGACUUUACUUGGAAUCCUGAAAAAGUCAUGCAAAUUUCUUAGUGGAGUAAUUUUAGAGGAAAAUUUCAUGCUCCAAUCUGCUAUCACCCAGAUGGUGUUUUAAUGCAUAGUCAUAGACACUAUAAAAUGGCAUGUGCAAGUAUCUGUUGAAUUUUAAUUUUAGUUGUGUAGUUUUUGGCCAGCUGUGGGAACGCUGGAGGCUGCAUUUUCAUUAUUUCAGAAAAUCAAUAACUCAAAAUAAAUUAUUUUAAAAAAUAUGUAGGGAAAUGUGAAAUUUUGGACAUGGAAAGUCAGGAACAUUUUAUUACAGAUUUUAUUUAAUUUUAAGAACACCCUGAGACAGAUUAUUAUUCUGCAAUAUAUUAAUUUCAUAAAAUUUUAGAAGCGAAAAACAUACAAACAUUGGUGAGCUUGGAAAUUGCCAUGUGUUGUGCAAGAUCAAAUUUUUUGGGGUUUAUGGUUUUGUUGUAAAAUAUGUACGAAUGCUGUUCAUUACAAUUUAAAUGAUAACCUGCCAAAAACAUAAAGUAACUGGCCUUAAACUGUGCAUGCUUACAGCAUGUAGUUUAGCGGCUGUUUGUGGAAAAAUAAGUUCCUUAUUCAAUGUGUUGGCAACAGUGUGAUGAUUGGAUUUUACAGUUUCUUAACUCGGUUACUUAUUAUGAGUACAUCUGAGUUAGAUUUUUGUAUUGGUAACAUACUGUCGCAGUUGUGUUAUGAAUGCAUAGAGGUGUGUCCACUUUAGGUUAAGGGUAGAUUUUAUGAUUGCUCCUAUUUAAAAAAGACCAGAUUGAUUGGUUUUAAUGUUAUUUUGAUUUCAGUUUUGAAUUGUAUGGUUGUGGUGCAUUUUGUUUGACAUAUUUUUAUAAUUACUGUCUCUUAGUGUAUAACAAAAAAUUUUUUUUUCCGAUACCAGGCUAGCUGUAUUUUUUGCAAGACAUGUUUAAUACUCAUCUGAGGAAUAUUUACUGAAAGCAAAAAAAAAAAAUUGCAAUUAAUCAUCUGUUGUUUGAUGGAUGCACCAGUCAUUUAAACAUUUUUUAAAGUUGGAUAGCAUACAUAUGUAUAUACAUACAUACAUACAAAUUUUCAGUUCAAGGAUAACAUUUGUGUUAUGUCUUAUUUAUUUGAAAAUUUUUUACUGUAUAUGUUGCAAUGAUAAAUAGUAAUCUUUCCAGCUUUAUUCUCUCACAACUCUGUCAAAUUUGUCCCUUUAUUUUGACUACUUAAAUGCACACACACCUUGGGGUUUUCUUGCAGGGCAACUGAUGACUAUUUAUGUGUUCAUUUUAAUUUUGGUUUUGUACACAUGUCUAAAAUGUAAAGAUGGGUCAAAUCCUAUUUUUACUCAAAUCCGAAUCUCAAAUUUGUUUCUCAAGACAGUUUAGAAUCAAAAUCUAGAUCUCAAGAGUCAGAAAUAAAAUAAUGUAUGAACAAAAAAAAUAUAUAGAAAUUUAAGUUUUUAAGAGACAUUAAACCCGUAAAAAAAUAUAAUAUGUUUAGGAUGUAAAUAGUUUCUUUUUGUAUAAAAUUGUUUUGAAAGUGCUAAACAAAAUCUCCAGAGCAUUGUAACUGGUGGCAUAGAAAAACAUUUUUUUAAAUAGGUUCUGUAGGAAUAAAUAACGUACUCCUUGUCAAUUUCACAGGAGCUAGCAUUUGCAGUUUUAACUUUUCCAUGCUCAAAAUUUUUUUAAAAACCAUUUUUCCUGAAUAUCAAAUAUUUCAAAUACAUACCUACUAAAUAUUUCAUGGUUUUUGAGGAUUUGAUUGGCUCAUCUCUAUUAAAAAGGCAGUACCUAAUAGUUAUAGCUGGUUUAUGCUUGUUUGUUUAAAAAAAUAAUCUUGGGAGUAUUUGCUCAUGUCACACAUUGCUUAGGCAAACAUAUCUUGUCUUGUUCGUAACCUCAGAUCUCCGAUAUACGUAAGAAGAAAGGAGGCAGGUAUGGACUGUGGUCUUGUUUUUGUUUUUUUGGUUGGUUGUACGUAUAAUUUUCUCUUGUUUUUUCUGCCAUGUUCCCACAGGUGUAUAAAUAUAUUUAUGUUAUUAAAAUGUGAUUUGUUGUUUUGCAAAGUGUGUGAAAUGGUUUUGUGUGUCUGAAAUUUUUUUUUAUAGAAAGACUAGUUUUUUUUUUCUUCUGAAAUUUACCUACUUGACUAGCAUGUUGUAAUUAAUAGGAAAUAAAGAAUUCACAAUUAUUA